CAGCUUGACAGAUAACCACCAACACCAACACCGACAUUCAAUUUAAUUCAAUGUUCAUGAACUCUGUGAAAGUGAAACACAGUUAUAGAAAUUGCAUGAAUAAAUUAGUUCGUCAAAUUAUUUAAUUUGACUAUUACAAUUAUUACAUUUUUGUCUUAAUUUCAUAGUUAUUAAAAAUGAGUUUAGUCGCAAAUACUGGAAAAUUAGCAGGUCGUACCCUGUUUAUCACGGGUGCUUCUCGUGGCAUUGGGAAAGCCAUUGCCCUGAAAGCAGCAAAAGAUGGGGCGAACGUUGUUAUUGCCGCCAAAACUGCUGAACCGCAUCCAAAAUUACCUGGCACCAUUUACACGGCUGCAGAGGAGAUUGAAGCACUUGGAGGAAAGGCAUUGCCAUGCAUUGUAGAUGUGAGAGAAGAAAAGCAAGUGCAAGCCGCUAUCGAUGAAGCAGUGAAGAAGUUUGGUGGUAUUGACAUUUUAGUCAACAAUGCAUCAGCUAUCUCGCUGACUGGCACAGCACAGACUGACAUGAAGAGAUAUGACCUAAUGCAUAACAUUAACACCAGAGGAACUUACUUAGCAUCCAAAUUAUGUCUGCCGUUGUUAAAGAACAGCAAUCAUGCUCAUAUAUUAAAUCUGUCUCCACCAUUAAAUAUGAGCCCAUAUUGGUUUUCAAUCCAUGUAGCAUACACAAUGGCUAAAUACGGAAUGUCAAUGUGUGUGUUAGGAAUGAGUGAAGAGUUUAAACCAUUUAAUAUUGGAGUAAAUGCACUUUGGCCUAAAACCGCGAUAGCAACAGCUGCUAUAGAAAUGUUGACCGGAGAUACUUCGACGAGUCGCAAACCUGAAAUAGUUUCUGAUGCGGCUUACAUCAUGUUGUCACAGGACCCGAAGAAGUACACGGGCAACUUUGCUAUCGAUGAAGAUGUCGUCAAACAAAGUGGCAUCAAAGAUCUCACACCCUACGCUUGUGAUCCAAAGAACGUGGAUAAUCUUCUAUUGGACGGGUUCCUGGACGACCCCGCAGCUAUCGGCGCACAUCGCAAUGUGACCACCGCCUCUAUCAGACGAUAUCAUACCUCUGCUGUCAAUUAUAGCGAGAAGAGUGAACCAGAGGGUCAAAUACCGACUUUAUUCGGUUCCAUCAGUAAAGUGAUAACACCAGAAUUGGUGAAGAAAACGCAAGCUAUAUAUCAGUUUAAUGUUAAAGGUAAGGAGGAAGGCGUAUGGCACAUAGAUCUGAAGAACGGCGAGGGCGCCUGCGGUCAGGGUGAGCCUAAAAACCCACCGGAUGCCACAUUGACAAUGGACAGCACUAAUUUCGCUGAAAUGUUUGCGGGUAAAUUGAAACCAACAACCGCAUUCAUGAUGGGCAAACUAAAAAUCAGCGGAGAUCUACAAAAAGCUAUGAAGCUAGAAAAAAUGAUGAAAUCAUUAAAGAAUAAGGUUUAAUUCAUAGAUUGGUCAUUUUCGAAAUAGUGCAAUACAGAACAUAUUUUAUAGAUGUCCAGCAUUUUGAUGAAAAAAAAGAUUAAAAAAGUCCAAUAUAUUAAGUGACCUAUAAAAAUUAAGACAAUAAAAAAUCAAGUCAAAGGAAAAAAAUGUGUUGAAAUUCUAAAUAUAUAUUUUUUUUUAUCAAGUAAGACUGCCAGUAAAUAUAUAAUAAAUGGUUGUAUACACAAUCUAAUUAGAAAAUGACAUUUGUCAAAUGUAUGGACAAUCUUCUCCAUACAUUUGGUGGGCAAGGGAUAUUUAUGUUCUUUAUCUUAACCUUUUGUUCUCUUUUCCGGUACUUUUAAUAAUCAAGCACUUAAAAAUUCUGUUAACAUACUUUUUUUACAUUUAUUAUGUCUACUCAAACUUGAAACUAUGCUAUUAAAUAUUAUAAUGCAAAUAUUACAAAUCAAACUGAACAUGUUAAGAUGUAGGCGAAUUUAAGUAAGAUUGGCUAUAUAUGUCUUAAAGACUGGUAUAUUUAUGUAUGUACUAUAUGAAAUGUUGUAAAUAAAGAGUUUACGUAU